CUGUUUAGGGAUUUGCGGCAUACACGUUUGCCCUAAAUCUCCGCCCGUGUAAAUUAAGCCCUGCCGGUAUUCAGACAAAGGCACUGCAACUUAAAUUAGAAAAUCCCCCAUUAAUCGGCGUCAUCUCUCUGCUUAUUUACGAUCAUAACCACAGAUCUUCACUACACUGUAGAGGCGCCGAUCAACAUGGCUUCUUGUCCUCCAAAUCCCCGCUCCGUUGAAGAAAUCUUCAAAAACUUUUCCGCCCGCCGCUCCGCCGUUAUCCAAGCCCUUACUCGCGAUGUGGAUGACUUCUUCUCACAGUGCGAUCCAGAGAAAGAUAAUUUGUGCCUGUAUGGUCACCCGGAUGAGUCAUGGGAAGUCACAUUGCCUGCUGAGGAUGUUCCGCCCGAGAUACCAGAGCCAGUUCUAGGCAUCAAUUUUGCAAGGGAUGGGAUGGAUAAAAGAGAUUGGCUGACUUUGGUGGCUAUGCACACUGAUUCAUGGCUGCUCGCUGUGGCUUUCUACUUUGGUGCUCGGCUUAACCGUUCCGAAAGGAGACGUCUGUUUUCCUUGAUAAAUGAUCUUCCUACCGUCUAUGAAAUUGCAUCAGGAAAAAGCCAAUCAAGAGAAAGGCUUAUUGUGGACGGUGGUAAUAAGCCCGUGUCAAAUCUAAAGAGAGAAAAGCCAGUGAGAGGAAAUCCUAGCCCUAGGAGGGUACAAGAGAGCUAUGAAGAUGAAGAAGAAAACGAGGAAGAAGACAUUGGUGAAGACGAAGAGGACGAAAGUGAUACAAUUUGCGGGAGCUGUGGGGGAAAUUACUCCAAAAAUGAGUUCUGGAUAGGAUGCGAUUUGUGCGAAAGAUGGUUCCAUGGGAAGUGCGUGAAAAUAACACCGGCGAAGGCGGCAAGCAUCAAGACCUACAAGUGCCCUUAUUGUUGCAGCAAAAGGGCUAAGCAGUAACAGUGUGGGGGAUGGGGGGUAGGGUUACACAGCUUUUUAAUCAAAGGUAUACUGUCUGAAAUUCUUGAACAAAAUGCUGCACUUGUUAGCACCUCUCUUUUUAACUUUUAUUUAUCCGUUAGGCCUUUUUGCUCUACACCCAAGUCGACCUAUCAUGCUUCUCUAACUUAAAAAAUCUGUAAUUGUAUGUUGUAAGUUUGGGGUACAGUUUGGAGAAUGCCUUGCAAUUUGUUUGGAGUAAUAGGCAAAAUGGCAAAUGCAGAGUUCUUAUAAUUGUAAAAACUGUCCGUGGCAAAAGAAUCUGUAUUGUUCUACAAAAUGAGUGAACGUAUGAAAGUGGACUACUUUAUUGUA